CACUAGCCAGAGCAAAGUGGUGUGCUGGUGCUGCCUUCCGCCCUCAGGGUUCACGGGUCACGGCUCAGUCCGCCACUGCCCACGCCACCCAAAAACUCAUGGCCAGCGCUGUCUGCGGCGUCACCGCGCGCCCGCACCUGCCUUCCGCCGUCCCUGCAGCCGCAAGAAAGCUCUUCUUCCGCUGCAGGGCCGCCUCCACCAUGAACGAGGCAUCGGCGAGCUCGCCAGACGCCGAGGAGAAGAAGACGACGACCGUCUUCGUGGCCGGCUCGACGGGGCGCACCGGCAAGCGCGUCGUGGAGAAGCUGCUGGCCAAGGGAUUCGGCGUCGUCGCCGGCACGACGGACGUGAGCAGGGCCCGCGGCAGCCUGCCCCAGGACCCCAACCUUCAGCUCGUCAGGGCUGACGUUACGGAGGGCGUCGACAAGCUGGUGGAGGCGGUGCGCGGCGUCGAUGCUGUCGUCUGCGCGACGGGAUUCCGGCGGUCCUUUGACCCCUUUGCUCCGUGGAAGGUAGACAACUUUGGCACAGUGAACCUGGUUGAAGCAUGCCGAAAGGCAGGCGUAACAAGAUUUGUACUCGUCAGCUCCAUUUUAGUAAAUGGGGCCGCUAUGGGUCAAUUUCUGAAUCCAGCCUACAUUGUGCUCAAUCUACUUGGCUUAACACUGGUUGCAAAGCUACAGGCAGAGAAUCACAUCAGGAAAUCAGGAAUAAACUACACUAUUGUAAGGCCUGGAGGGCUGACAGAUCAACCCCCAACAGGGAAUAUAGUCAUGGAACCUGAGGACACUCUUUAUUCAGGAUCCAUAUCUCGGAGCCAGGUAGCUGAAGUAGCUGUAGAAGCAUUGUUGUGUCCAGAGUCUUCCUACAAAGUUGUUGAGAUUAUCGCCCGAACUGAUGCUCCAAAUCGCCCUCUGAAGGAUAUGUAUGCUGCAAUUAAGCAAAAUUGACUGGUCUGUCACAUCAGUUACACAGAAGGAUUGAUUAGUUAUGUACAAAGCAAAUCUACGCUUCUUAGAAUGACAGGAUGGUUAGUUUGUUAUACAACCAUGAACCAAUGAACACUAAGGAGUUCUCAGAGUAUAGUCUAUGUAUUUGGCAUGCUAUAUUAUACUUAUAAAUAUCCAUAAGCCCAUCUAAGAUUCUUCUAA